AUGCCCCCCUACGAGGACCAGAAGGAGGGACACCCCGAGGAUGGACCGAAGGACGAGCACGCGAAGACGGCGCUGUCACAGCAGCAAAAGCCGAGGGCGGAGCUGGAUGCGAACCUCGCGGAGGCCCUGGAGGAGGCGAGGGGCCUGCAGGAGGAGCAGCUGGAGCAGAGGUCGGAUUUGGAUGUGAACAUCGCGGACGUCCUGAACAAGCAGAACCCAACGCAGGCGGCAAAG